GAUGUCUUUCCCGACUAUGUCCAUAACUCAAUUCUCAUGUCCUCCGUCUCGUCAAGCCCCUCCCCUACACCCCCGUCGUCAAUCGCAUUAUCCGGAACACUACCCACAAUAGACACGGUGCUCCUUAACACUAUGAGCGAAACAAUCACCCAUAUCGUGCUAUUCAAGUACAAGAACGACAUAUCAUGGUCGGACUUUGAGGCCCAUUUUGCGUCAUUCAUGGCAUUGAAGACGAAGUCGCUCCACCCUGUCACUGGCGCGCCACUCAUCAAAUCGUUGAAAGCGGGAAAGAAUCGAUCAUGGGAGUCGUUCAAUAAGGGAAUGACGCAUGGAUUUGUUCUGGAGUUUGCAUCUCAAGAAGAUCUCGACUACUAUCUCACAACGGAAUCUGUUCAUCUGCAAUUCUCAAGAGAUGCGAAGCCAUUGAUCGAGGAUUCCGUGGUUGUAGAUAUUAAGGAUGGUGUGUUAUUCGGGGCCCCGGCGGAGCAUCCAAACUUGAAAGUUCCCGGAACAAGGAAAGGAACCUGCCAUUGCCAAGGUGUGAAGUGGACUGCAAAGUUGGACAAAGCAGAGCACGUGUUGUGUCAUUGCUCUACCUGUCAAAAAUUGGGCGGAGGGCCUUACUCAUGCAAUCAAAUCAUUCCACGGGAGGAACUAUCGAUUGUUGCCGGUCAAGAGAACGUCGGAGUUUACAAAUAUAAGGGAGCAAGUGGCAAAUUUGUCUCAUGCUACUUCUGCAAGACAUGCACUAGCCAUAUCUACCAUCACCAGGAUGUUAUGCCCGAGAAGGUGAUCGUCCGAACACUCUUGCUUGACGGAGGUGAAAAGAUGCCUGCGACAGGCGAAAUCUUCGCUGAGGGCAAAUUAGGCUGGGUUCAAGAGAUCAAGAACUCUUUGGGGAACUAG